GCAAUUAUCCUGUUCAUUCCUUCGCUCGAGUUGGUCGUUAGCGGUUUGAACUUCCUUCGUGUCCCAGAUUCAGUGUGUUUGUUCUGCUAUUUUUGGCUGCUGGAUAGACUCUUACAGACUGUGGAAGGGUUUCUAGUUUGAAGAAAAAAUUCGUUUAAAGAAACAAAACUCGGGUUUCGUGCGUCCGGUGACAGUGAAUAGUUACUCCUAUUUGCGGAGCGGUUUUGAAAAAAGGGUGGAGUGCAAACUACUAUCUGGUGCAAGUUCAAGGGAUUUUUUUACGAUGGCAAACCACUUGAAGGAAACAGGUGUAGCUUGAAUUUCGGAUCGAUACCGGAAGCGAUAAACCGCCACCAGCAGGGAUAUUUGUUUGAGUUGUUGUCAGGAAAAGUCGUUUAACGUUUCUCGCAAAAAGCCCCUACGUUUCCUGCUAUGGCAGAGAGUGUUUCCUAUCAUGAUAAUGGACAGAGUGCAAAUCUCAGAACGUCACUUCCGGUGCCCAUGUUCUCGCGCAAUGACUUCAACAUCUGGUCCGUGCUGAAGAAUUGUAUCGGUAAGGAGCUGAGCAAGAUCACGAUGCCCGUCGUCUUCAACGAGCCGCUGAGCUUCCUGCAGCGGAUGACCGAGUACAUGGAAUACGCAAAGUUGCUGCGGAUAGCAUCGGAACAAGCUGAUCCAGUAGACCGUCUCAAGUAUGUUUCGGCAUUCGCUGUCUCAGCGUUGGCUUCGAACUGGGAACGUUUGGGCAAACCCUUCAAUCCACUUUUGGGGGAAACCUACGAGCUUACACGACCGGAGUUCAGAAUCAUUUGUGAACAGGUUUCCCAUCAUCCACCGAUAUCAGCUUUUCACGCAAGCUCGGACAGCUUCAGCUUCCAUGGAUCGAUUCAUCCGAAGCUGAAGUUUUGGGGCAAGAGUGUCGAGAUCCAGCCGAAGGGAGUGGUCACUGUUGAGUUUCCGAAACUAGGUGAAGCCUACUCCUGGACCAAUGUCAACUGUUGCGUACAUAAUAUCAUCGUCGGCAAGUUGUGGAUCGAGCAGUACGGAAUGAUGGAAGUCACCAGCCAUCAGCACGGACUGAAGGCGAUGCUCAACUUCAAGACGGCCGGAUCGGGUAACAAGGAUCUGCACCGAGUCGAAGGAUACAUAUCGGAUAGGAAUAAGCGGAAAACCCAUUUCCUGUACGGAAAGUGGACCGAGUUUAUCAAAUGCACCGACUACACCUCGUACGAGGAAUACUGCAAGGAGAACGGUUACAAAUUCAAGCGUGCCGACGAACGCUGCAAAAGUCCCAACGAAUCCCCUGGAACCACCCCUCGGAAAGUGUUUUCCAAGCUGAACAGCCUGAAGAUGAGCUCGUUCAAAAGUUUAUCGAUAUCAGAACCGGACGAUCCACCAGAACCCUCCGAUGGGGACAUACCGAAGAGCGAUAGCACCUACUCGAUCGAUAUCCCCAAUUCGGUGCUGCUAUGGGAAGCGGAGGCGCGACCGAGCAAUACAGCAGAAUACUAUCAAUUCACAAACUUUGCCAUGUCCCUGAAUCAAAUGGAGGACCAUAUGAAGCAACCGAGAGCGUUGUGUCCAACGGAUUCGCGACUGCGGCCCGAUAUCCGUAAGCUGGAGCAGGGCGAUAUGGAUGGGGCGGCAGCCGAGAAGACCCGGCUGGAAGAGAAGCAACGGGAAAACCGGAAAAAGAACAAAAAAGGCGAGGAACCCAUUUUUCCGAGGUGGUUCCGGGAAGCAGUAAAUCCUCACACGAAGCUGGACGACUGGCUGUACAAGGGUGGCUACUGGGAGCGAACAGACGACAAGCUGGAUUUGGAAAUUUUCUAAGCACGAUCAUCGAUCGAAGAUCGUUAUAGGCAAAGUUUAGCACCCCACAACAAUGUGUACGCGUUUGCUUGUAGCCAUUAUAGCUGCCGCAAGGACAUGUUUAGUAGAUUGUUCAAGUUACCCUACUUAGAGUUAGUCAAAACCAGAAUGUAAUAGCAGGUUGAUUUUGAAAACUAUCAUGCGCUUCUUAUUUUUUGCAAGAAGCUAGUGAUUUAUAAAGCAUGGGAAAACUGUGGGAGAAGAUUAAUUCGAAUUAGUGCCAACGAGCCAACAUUCGGACAAAUGUGUACUGUAUGAUAAGUUGUAAUGUAUCUGAAAACAGCUAAAUAAAUAAACAUACCUAAAUGUUUUUAGUCUGACCAAAACACAGAACCAUAAAGUAAAAUCAAAUCAGGUUGAUUUGACGUCCUAAAAACUUUGUUAGUUUGUGGACGAUUUUUAAAGGAAAAAAAUAGAAACAAACAAACGUUACAAAUAAGCUGAUGCGAUUAGCAAUAUCACUCAAACCAUUGUUGGCAUCCGUAUAUUUAUAUUUUCAAAGACUUAGGAAAUAGACUCUGAAUUGAAAGAUAAAAAGAAAAACGUCUUUACCAGAUGGAAAAAGGAAAGAAGAAACAACGCAAAACGAGCAGAGCAAAAAAAACUCACAGCAAAGUUUGACAAUAUUAUUUUAAAAACGAAAACUACACUGAUAAAAGCAUAACAUAAAAUUAAAAAAAAAACAUAUUUAGAGAGUUUAAAACCAAAAAUACAAUAACGCGUUACUUGUGUAUAUUAUGACCAUAUUGGAAAAUGUAUCUUCUUCACGUUAGGUUUUAUUAUAGAAAGAUUUUUAUUUGUUUGGUGGGAACGAAGGUUUUAUAAACUUUCCAUAAACCAGUUGUAUAUGUUGUUUUAAGCUUAGUAAAAAAAACUGUUUAGAAUGAUUUACUCUAACACUUCUCAACCUGAUUUGAACUGAAUACAAUCUACCUAAACUGAAACAUAGCCCAAAGAUUGGAAAAUACACUAAAAUGUCUACGCUAAAAAUAUACCAAAACAUUUGUCGAAAUCUCUACGUGCUAUCGUCAUUCUUGGGGUCAAUUAUUUUACACUGAGAAAAAAAGCUUCAAUCAUUGUUGGAUGCGAUGUUUGGAAUAAAAUUCAUUCUAGAGCGAAUGAGCGAUAUUCGAUUCAUCGAUUUAAAGGGAUAAAUAAAUAUUGGUAAAAAAAUCUACAUGAAAAUAUAUAGGUAUUAGAGACUUGAAGAAGGAGAAAACCUAAAUCUUCCAAUGAAGCGAUCGUAUCGAAUUUCAUUUUCGAGCCAUUAUACUGUGUGCUACUGUUAGAAUUAGAAAUGGAAAAAGUACUUGGAUUGAUGUGCUUUCUAAUCAAUAAUAAGACCGGAAUCUUCGCCUGUAAUUCGAAUAGUUUGGUUUGAUUCUUUUCCAAUAUAACUCUUGUUAGAUGUGUCAGUCUAGGUUUCAACAUUUUUGAAAUCAAACAAAAUUUGUCCCUGUUUACGAAUUUUAUCCUUCUAACGUUUUUCAACGUUAGAAUCAAAUCAUGAAUUCAUUUGUUUUUAAUAAGAAAAAAAUCAAACUCUUGAAUUGACUUUCCAAAAUAAAGCAUUCGUUACACAUAAAACCAAAAAAUAAAUCCAACGAUAUUAAAUUAAAUGUUUUAAAACAUCUUUCGACCAGACGAAUCGAAAUUCUAGGAACAAAUGAUCCGUGAAAAAAAUAAAAGCAUUACCUACAUUAAACAGAACAUAUUUGACAUGUAAAAUAGUAACAUCAAACAUAUACGCAAUAGAUGUGUAAUAUUGGAAGAAAACAAAGUGAAUAAAAUUAAUAAAACAUC